AAUUCUUUCAUUUCUUCAAUCUUCCCCUUUUUUUUUUUUUUGGCUAAGACUUUGUACAUACACCACAUCUAUUUCCUCUCCUAAUAUUUUUGUCUUCUAUUUGUUCGUCACAACAUAAAAGCAAUUUAAUUUCCACACCCGUUUUAGUAGCACAGAGAAAUUGAUACCAUGGGGAGGAACACUGAAGAAGAGAAUCCCACACAUGAAUCCAAGGCCAUGACUGAAGGUCAGUGCAAGAAAUCACUUUUCGCUUCCAUUCACAAACCGGCCGCGGAAGAAAGCAGACCAAGAAGUAUGGUUGUUAAGAAAGCGCAAACCGUUAUUCCUGCGCACAUCAUAGCCGAAGCAAUAUCAACACUGCAUGAUGAUGGCCUUGGCCUAAGAUGGUCAGGUCCAAUUACACCAACAGAAAUGGAAUAUGUUGAGCAGUAUGUCCUGGCAAAGUAUCCACAAUAUGCAGGACUUGUUGAAGGAGAGAAAUUCGACCUCUCGAGUAUUUGCAUCAACGACGAGUCAACUGAUCCCGCUCCUGAUGACAAGAGGAAAUCUCCGAGAGGAGCUUCAAGAGAGCCCUCCACACCCUCCUCCGGAGGUAACCUUCCUGAGCUAGACAGGACACAAUUAGAACCGUCUAGGCUGCUUGAUAUCCUGACGACAAAAUCCUCGUUUCCCGGUAGUUUCAUCUCGAUCCCAGAGAUCCAGGCCCGAAACAAGGUCUUAAAGCACUGCUGCUUGCCUGACAACGAAUACCUCGUCCUCUUCACUCCGAACUACACUGAUUCCAUGAAGUUGGUCGGAGAAAGCUAUCCGUUUUUUAAGGGAAAUACUUACAUGACCAUAAUUGGAGAGGAAGAAGAUUGCAUAAGGGAAUAUGCUAGUUUCAAGGAAGCAAGAGUGAUUCCGGCACCGGAGACUUGGUUGGACUUGAGGAUCAAAGGCUCACAGCUUAGUCAGUAUUUCAGGAAGAAAAGCAAGCACAAGCAAAAGGGUUUGUUCUCUUACCCUGCAGUUGUAAAUGGGACUCACUAUUCACUGCAUUGGGUCUCAGAAGCCCACAGGAAUUCAUGGCAUGUUCUUCUCGAUGCCACUGAACUUGUUAUUGGCAAGGACAACUUGAAUCUUGUGCUACAUAGGCCCGAUUUUGUGUUGUGCAGCCUCGACAAUACGCACGCCAAUCCCUCGACAAUAACUUGCCUCUUGGUGAGGAAGAAGUCCUUUGAAACUACUACAAUGGCUUCUUCUCAGGUCAAUGAAUGAGUGGUGUUUUGAAAUUUCAUUGUAGAAUAUGUUUUUUAACUGGCAUGAAGCAACACUUAUUUCAUCCGUUACUUGCGGAGUAAAAUGCUAUUGUUUUUCAUCACUAAUGCCUGAUAGCGUGCCUUUAGUCCAAUCACACACAGAUCAUGGUAAGUUGGUGUGAAAUUGGGCUAAAGACAUGCAACGGUUGAUUCUAUUACUGGUGCGUAGCAUUUUUAUUUUCGCUAUCAAUUCUAGGUUGUGAUCAAACGGGCAAUAAGAGAUUUCAAGUUUUUACUAA